AUGGAGUUCGAGGUGCCCUCCGUGGAUUCGCCCUGGGACCAGAAGGUGCCGCGCUUGGUGUUCCGCGGCUCCCCGGGGGGCUCCCGGCUGGCCUUCAUGGACCAGGCGCUCCGCGGCGCCCCGCGCCGCUCCGUGGCAGUGGACCUGCGGGCCUACGACUGGGGCGGCAGGCGCGAGCGCAUCGCGCGGGAGGUGCCUGCCUUGGGGAACGACUCGCUGUGGGGCGGGAGCCUGACAGUGGCGGAGCAGCUGCAGAGCAGGUACGUGCUGGACAUGGACGGCGGCGGUGGCCCCUCGGACCGCUUGCUGUGGGUGAGCCUCUCCGGGAGCGUGCCGGUGGUCGUCCCGAGCGAGUCGGAGUCGUGGAUGGGCGCGCUGGCGAGGCCCUUCGACGUCGUGCCGGUGCGCGGGGACGCCUCGGACCUCGCGGAGCGGCUCGCCUGGCUGCGCGGCCACGACGCGGAGGCGCGGCGGAUCGCGCGCGCCUCGCGGGCGCUGGCGCUGCGGGCGCUGCGGUUCGAGCACGCGCUGCACUGGGUGUACAGGCUGCUGGCGGGGCUCGCGGCGGUCCUGCACAGCCUGGUUGCUGCGCAGUUGUUCUCGAGUCCUCUGGUUGCCGUGCCACUCGUAUCGCACGGCGUUGCCACCAACGUGGAUUGA